AUGCAGUUUCUUUUUCUAUUGCUCACUGCACUCACUGUUUACAUCAUUGUGAGUAGCAAUACACGCCUCCGGGAAUUUCUGCAUCCACAACUCAGAGAGAAGCACCAUUGCGAGUCGUUCCCUUGCGAUGGGGAUUUCGCUAUCACCACAUUCCUAGCCGGUCAUUAUGACAGGAAAGAAGGCGACCACGAUGAUGAUGAUACCUACUUUAUUGCCGCGCGCAUUCUUGCAUACCAGUUGAUACACGCUCCGCGAACUAGACUACAAAGUCCAAUCCCGUUCAUCGUACUAGCGACAAAGGAUGUAGGGGAGAGCAAGCGUCAGAGGUUACGCGACGACGGAGCAACUGUCGUCGAGGUCGACCAUAUCGAGCACAAUAUCUCCAUUUCGGCGCCCAGCUGGGCGCAAACUUUUACAAAACUCCGUGUGUUUGACCCGAUAGCUGUACCCUAUUCAACCGUCCUAUAUCUGGAUACAGACAUUGUCCUUACACGUCCGAUUGAUUCCAUCUUCAGCGACCCGGGAAGCACACAAAGAGAUCCGCUGAACUACACCAAAGGAGAUGCCUCAGCGCAGGAUCGUCUUCCGGAGAAGUAUACCAUGGCUGCCACACCUGAGUCUGGAAACCUUGAUCAUCCAUACCCCUAUCCUGGUACAGAACAGAGGGAUUCCUAUUUCAACAGCGGCUUCUUCAUGUAUUCGCCUAGUACUCAACUCUUUGAGCACUACAUAUCCCUUUUGAAAGAACCGGAGGUUUGGUACCGUGGCUUUCCCGAUCAGGAUCUAUUGAAUUAUGCACAUCGUUGGGAGGGGCCAAUGCCCUGGCAGAAGUUACAUUUCUCCUGGCAUCUGAACUGGCCCAACGACAAUGACUUGAAUGGUGGGAUGGCGGCUUUACAUGCUAAAUGGUGGAGGGGAGAUUUUGUGUCUCCUUCGGUCAACAAGUACGCACUGUCCAGAAGAUGGGAGAUGGAGGGAUACUGGAUGGGUAGGGCUCAUGGGUGUGGAUGA